AUGGCUGGACGAGGGAAGAAGCAAAAGGCCUCUGAGCCCUCAGAAAUUCAAGACAAUCAUGCAUCAACUAGCAGCAAUGGCACCAUCCGCAAAGGGAGCCCAAGGCGCAAUCAACGCGCCCCCACAAGCGGUGAACAAAGCGAGAACAUUUUCCUCUUCUGGCCGAACAUAAUUGGAUAUACGCGGAUUGUCCUUGCGGUUGCCUCCCUGUACUACAUGCCCCUUCAUCCUCGCACAUGCUCGUUAUUAUAUAGCAUUUCCUGCCUCCUCGAUGCGCUCGACGGAUAUGCCGCCCGUUUCUAUAAUCAAUCUACGACGUUCGGUGCCGUUCUAGAUAUGGUCACUGAUCGAUGCACAACCGCCUGCCUCCUAGUCUUCCUGAGCUCGGCUUGGCCACGUUGGGCCAUUUUAUUCCAAGGCUUAAUCAGCUUGGACCUUGCCAGCCAUUAUAUGCAUAUGUAUGCAACGUUGAGUAUGGGUGAAUCGGGUCAGAGUCACAAAAAGGUCGACUCGAGCAGGAGCUGGAUCCUGUAUCAGUACUAUAACAACAAGAUCGUACUAUUCGUCUUUUGCACCAUGAACGAGUUGUUUUUCAUUGGGCUGUACCUCCUCUCCUUUUCGUCGCCAACUCUCUCGCCGUCGCUCCUCCAACCAACCCCUGAUGGCGCAACUGCAGGAUCCGCACAGCCCGGUUCACCAGCUUUGGCUCCUAUCUCGGCCCUUUUUGCGAGUCCCUGGAGCGCCGGUGCCUUGGAGCUCGCAAGAGCCAACAAAAUGGACAGUUUCUGGCCCUGGGUGAUCACCGGCAUCGCCGCACCAGUUAUGGCGGCUAAGCAAUUUAUCAACAUCGUCCAAAUGGUGAAAGCUAGCAAAUGGCUUGCGGAAGGUGAUAUCAUCCGUCGCCGCCAGCUUGGUUUAUCCAAGACUAGAUAG